AUGACAGAAUCCGAGGAAAACUUGAUGGGAAUGGAGGAAUUGCAACAGUUUAUUCAAGUUCCCGACGAUUUUCCGAUUUUGGAAGAUUCUAGGUCUCGGAUGACGUCGUUUUCAGAAUCCUCAGCAGCUUAUUUGUCUGGAAUUGAGGAGGAGGAGAGAUUAUUCGCGUUGGCUGCGCUGUACACGGAUCAAGUGAUUAAUUUGAACAUGAGACGGAGGAUAACGUACACAGAUCAUUUGUUGGGGUCCGUUUUUGAUGGUCCAUGUGUUUGUCCCUACGAAAAAUGCGAUCUGAAACUUUUCGAUCAUCGAACGUAUCGUCAAAAAAAAUCAUUUUUCAAAGAACUUUUAGUUCUUCAAACUUUUUGCGAAUCUCCAUUCUCUGAUUUCAUCAAAUCCCUAAAAAUAGUUGCUGAUCUUUUGAAAGAUCAUAAAAAAUCCCGAUAUACAAUUUCCCUCUUUUUCUGGUGA